GGUGCUGUUUAUCCGACACAUCGAUUUGCCCCAUUUCUCUUCUUCUUACACUCACUGUUUAACUUCCUUUAUGGUCACGAUGACAGUUCACUCCCCCAAUGACAUUUGUCUCUGCUCCACUCCAUAAAUACCCAGAGAUGGUUUCCUCCGUCAGUCGCUGUCUGCAGGUGUCUGUGCAGGACGAUGAGGAUGAAGAUGAUGAUGGCAGUGACGGUGCUGUGGGUGGUGCUCCUCCCGUACGGCGUCUCUGGAGGAAACUUGAUGGUAAAGUACAAGCUGGUUUGUUUCACUGUAACAUUUGCUGAUGGGUCAAUGUAUUCUCUUCCACUGGACAUGGCCCCGAACUCUGUGGACGACAUGUACGAAGGCUGCGCCGCUGAAAUGGAAAAGAAGGCCGUAGAAUUCCUAAAGAAAGAGCGGAACGACAACAAGGUGUUUAAUCAGAUCUGGGAGGAACUGAAGGCAAAUCAACCAACCAAAGUCUUAAGCAAAGAAGAGAUUACGGCUCUUAGUGUUUACACCUCAGAUACAACGUAUCCUGGUUUUAAUAAGGCCACCAGAGAGCAGGGACCCAAGUACAAGACCGCAUUCAAGUACCACGCGCUGCACUUUUAUCUGACCAGAGCCGUGCAAAAACUUAAUGCUCUACAGAAGGAGUGUUACAACGUCUACCGCAGGACGAACGUGUUCUUCCGCCAAGACGUCCUCAACAAGGAGGUUCGCUUCAGCUCCUUUGCCUCCUCCUCGCUGAGAGACGACCUCACAGAUUUUGGAGACAAGUCGUGCUUUGAAAUCUACACGUGCAUGGGAGCAGACGUCAUGGAACACUCUGAAUUUGAGAACGAAGCGGAGGUGCUGAUUCCUCCUUACGAGGUCUUUAAGGUAACAGAGAUAACGAAGAGAUCAGAGCAGCCUCAGUCCGGUCUCCGGUGUGAUGUGGUCUACAAGCUGAAGAGCACAAAAAAAACUAAAUCCAAUUUGAAUUGUGCUCUUAUUCAAAAGAAGCGCUGCAAGUUUCCUUGGUGCGGUUGACAAAUCAUGCAACGUUUGAAAUUUAGGAUGCAACGAUUCUCUGCAGAUGAUCUUUAACCAGAAAUGAUCGUUAUUUAAAAUGCAUUUGUUCAUUCAUACAUUUGAAUAAAUCCACAUAUUGUGUAAAGAGUGUUUAUGGAAGAAAAAUGAAUCCUUCAAAUUUUAUUCAAAUAUCUAAAUGAAUAUCAAGAUGUUUUAACUUGUCUGUAUCUUCUAAUACUUCUCACAUCAUCAGUGUUUAAAUUGGAUGCAUAAUCUGUCCUAAAGAGUCGCUGGCUAGAAAACUGUCAGAAGGAAUAAAUAAACAUCCUGGUGUUUCUGCA